UGCAUUGCUUAUUUCUUCAUUGAUUAGAAGAAGACAGAAACCUUUUGCUACAAUGAAGACACUCCUAUUAGGGCUGGUAAGCUUUUAUGUGUUAGUGCCAGCUAGAGCAGAAGAGUUAACUGAAGUGGAUAAUAAUAACAAUAAUGCACUUUCAUCGUUGGAUAUAACCAAAAGGUUUGAUGACCUUGCAGCAAGGUUGAACUUAUUGGAACAGGAGGUGAAGAUGAAGAAAGAGACACCAAGGAUUGCAUUUUCAGCUGCCCUAUUUAAUGACGGAUACCGUGGCCCUUUCAAUACUCCAACUACCCUUGUAUUUUCAAACAUGUUCAUAAACCUUGGCAACUCAUACAACCCAAGUACAGGCAUUUUUACAGCAUUUGUAAAAGGAACCUACUACUUCAGCUUCACCGUGUUUUUAAACAGUAAUUCAAAAAUGUUUACCAGCUUAAUGAAAAACAAGGACAGAGUUGUUUCAGUGUGGGAUAACUAUUCUCCUGAUGGUAACGACUCCGGCAGCAACACAGCUAUUCUUCAGCUGGAAGUGGGAGACAACGUGUAUGUAAAACUGUAUGAAGAGAGGCAGAUAUACGAUGAUGGGACCGGUUACACAAGCUUCUGUGGGUUUCUGUUAUUUCCAUCAUAAAUUGCAUCAUUACAAUCCAAACUAUGCAGAAAUUUAAUGCUUAUACAAUAAUCAUGCAGUUUGUGGUUAGUUUCAUUUUUAUCAAAGGUGCCGCUCUAUGUGAAUUAUUCUUUCAAACCAAAAAUGACCAAAAAAAGCAAGAAUAAUUUAAUAUAAUAAUAAUAAUAAUAAUAAUAAUAAUAAUAAUAAUAAUAAUAAUAAAUGUCCUCCCAAACAGUCAUGUGGUCCCAAAUAUAGCAGUAGUACCUCAAACUUCACUUUUGUACAUUAGCUUUAUAUGUUGCGAGAUUCUUUAAUUUUCAUCAAUAUCAAAUAUCAUUCAAAAUCUAAACCUUUAUCUUAUACGUGUGUUGGUUUAAUCUGUAUUAUGCUUAUCACCAGUGGUUUCUAAUAUUUGGUGCAGUACCAUAAAAAAAGUCACCAAGGCAUUGCUUAUAACAUUUAUGUAACAAAAGGUUUAAUUGUUUGAUUUUUUGUUUUGUUUUGCUUGUAUUUACAAACAUUUAUUAGAAACUGCAUGGUAAAAUAAAAGCAUC